AUGCAAGAUGAGGCGCGAAAGGACAGUGGUAUGAACAAGUCGAAAUGCAGGAAGAUAGCGCGGGGAUUUCAAUAUGGCAUGUUAGAUGGAGAUCAGAUCGCUGGUGGAGAAACGGAUAAGUUCACGCUCGUGCUGAAGCUGCGCAUGAGUCCUGGUUUGAUGAUUGGUAGUGCAGUGUGUGCAUUUGCGGUUCGUUUUGCUUGGGAAGAGAAGGGCCAGGCUGGGUGA